GAAGUUUGCAAACAGCCACCGGAAACUCUUUUCAUUCGUGGUUGCGAAGCCCACCGCCACCGGCAAGAAUGAAAACGAUGCAACGGCGAGAAGAAUGACGGUUGUAGAUACUGGUUAUGGAAUCGGUUAUCAUUUGCUUUUUCAGUUAAUUGAGAGGUACCUUCAGUCGGAAUUUGAAAUAUAUCUGUUUGUUAGUUCAUUCUUUUUCAUCCUUGUAUUCAUGCUCAAUUUCUCCAAGAAUCUACCCGUGUUCUUCACGUCAAAAAGCAAUUAUAAACUUCGCCAUUGUCAAUCAAGGUUCAUAUCCACCAACUCCCCUGUUCCCACCCAUGACCAAAUUUCCCACCUCAUAUUAGAUCAAAAGUCAGCAUCCGAAGCUCUUCAUACAUUCAGAUGGGCAUCCAGACUCCCCUGUUUCGUCCACAGCCAAUCCACCUACAGAGCUCUCGUCCACAAGCUCUGUACUUUCCAGCAUUUCGACACCGUCCCCCAAGUGCUUGAUGAAAUGCCCAGCUCAAUCGGGUCGCCACCAGAUGAUGAUAUUUUUGUCACCAUUGUUCGUGGACUAGGGAAAGCCCGAAUGGUUCGACAAGUGAUUAAAGUUCUUGACUUGGUUUCAAGAUUCAAACAACCACCCACCCUGAAAGUCUACAACUCGAUACUUGAUGUUCUUGUUAAGGAAGAUAUCGAUAUAGCCCGAGGUUUUUAUAGAAGGAAGAUGAUGGGGUGCGGUGUUAAAGGCGAUAUGUACACUUUCGGGAUAUUGAUGAAGGGUCUUUGCUUAACAAAUCGGAUAGCUGACGCUUUUAAGCUUUUGCAAGUGAUGAAGAAUAAGGGUGUGCCACCAAACACUGUUAUAUACAACACACUAGUGCAUGCUCUUUGCAAGAAUGGGAAACUUGGGAUAGGGAGAGCUAGGAGCUUGAUGAAUGAAAUGGUGGAUCCAAACAGUGUUACUUUUAAUAUUUUAAUAACUGCAUAUUGUAAAGAAGAGAAUCUAGUACAAGCACUUGUGAUGCUAGAAAAAUGUUUUGAUCUUGGGUUUGUUCCUGACGUCAUUACCAUGACUAAAGUAAUUGAAAUUCUAUGUAGCAAGGAUCGUGCCAUGGAAGCAGUGGACGUUUUAGAAAGGGUGGAGAAGAAAGGUGGUAAGAUUGAUGUGGUGGCUUAUAACACUCUAGUAAAGGGUUUCUGUAAUAUGAAGAAAGCAAAGGCUGCACGCAGGUUUUUAAAGGAGAUGGAGCUGAAGGGAUGUCUUCCAAAUGCAGACACUUAUAACGCGUUGAUAUCCGGCUUCUGUGAGUUGGGUAUGUUUGAUUCAGCUCUCGACAUGUUCAAUGAGAUGAAAACAGUUGGGAUCACUUGGAAUUUCACUACAUAUGAUACAUUAAUCUAUGGAUUAUGUUCAGGAGGAAGGAUAGAAGAUGGGUAUAAGAUCUUGGAACUGAUGGAAGAAAGCAGGAGUGGUUCAUUGGGGGGUUAUAUAAGACCUUAUAACAGCAUUAUAUAUGGUUUCUAUAAAGCAAACCGAAUGGAUGAGGCUCUAGACAUUUUAACCAAGAUGGCAACGAAAUUUCCUAGAGCCGUUGAUAGAAGCAGGCAGAUACUGACAUUUUGUGAGGAGGGUAGAAUUGGAAACGCGAAAAAGAUAUACGAUGAGAUGAUUCAAGAAGGAUGCAUCCCGAGCAUUCUUGUUUAUAUAACUUUGAUUCAAAGUCUUUCUCAAGAAAACUUGUUAAGAGAAGCAUUGGAGAUGAUGAAGGAAAUGUUAUCCUGUGGUUAUGUUCCUGAUGGAUUGACAGUUAAUGGUUUGGUUGAUAGGCUGUGUGAAGAGGGUAAAAUUGGAAGCGCGAUGAAAUUUAUGGAGGAUAUGGUUGGAAGAGGUUGGUUGAGUGAUUCGGGAAGUUACAGUCGUUUGAUAUAUGAAUUCUGCAACAGAGGAGAUGUACACAAAGGGUUGAUGUUGUUUAUGGAGAUGGUGGAAAAAGGUAAUGUUCCCAAUUAUAUUGCUUGGAAUUCAGUAGUUGAGUGUCUUGCUAGAGAAUCAGGUUGGUUACAAGGCAAAAAUUUGAGGUUUGUGAAUGAUUUGUUGGAAUGGAUUCUUGAAACCUAAUCAAGAAUUGGUUUUUACAUCUAGCUACCUCCAUUUAUGGUGGUGGUGGUGGCGAGGGAGGAUCCUGUGAAAAGACAGUCGACUUAACGAAGGAAAAAUUUAUGUAGUUGGAGCAUCUGUUCUAUCCAUUCGAAGAUAGCGUCGGUGCGUAGCCUUCAUUCUACGAAAAGGUUACAAGAGCCUAAAUCCGGAUAUUCCAAUCCCUGCA